AUGAGAGGACCUGAAAUGAAGAGUUUAUAUUUAUUCGUGGCCUUUAUCUGUACUAGUAACGCUCAGAACGGCAGGAUACUGCAAGCACCACACAGCAACAACCAUGGCUGGGACAUCAGGCUUGCAGUGCCCGGCCAACCUGGCAACGACUACCCUACAUUAGCUAGCAUACCACGCACCACCUUUUCUUGUGCUGGCAGGGAACCUGGAUAUUAUGCAGACACGGACACAAAUUGUCAAGUCUUCAGAGUUUGCACAGUUGGAGCUACUUAUGGCUUUCAAUCAUUCCUGUGUCCAAACGGCACUUUAUUCAAUCAAGCUGUUUUUGUAUGCGACUGGUGGAUGAACGUUAACUGCAAAAACUCCGAGGAAGUACUUAGGAACAAAAACGACCAAUUUGAGAAUCUAAAAUUAGGACCACAACUAAUGAAGGACAUAAAGAAUAUAUUAACACAUCCUGUUCGAAAUCCUUUCAACACGAAUACAAUGAAAAGCAAAUUAUUAGUGAUGCAAAGCUACAAACCACCUUCAGGACAAUUAUUCCCAAAUGGCGCCUUGCUUGCACCUCCUGAGAGAGUGCCAAGUCAUAUUUAUAUUCCAACUAAGGCAAUCCAGAUAGCUUUACGACAGAAUGAAUACAGGCCACCUUCAGAAUCAUUUGCUGCCUCAACCGUUAAUCCACAAUACAUUCCUCCCACUUUUAGUACUUCAUCACCAACCACUGUAAGAAAUGUUGAAAUUUUACAGCGUCAAGUACUAAACUCUGGAAACAAACAAAACACAAAUUCUCAAAGUAAUUCCAGUGAACAGAUUAUAUCGAAUGGUCAUGCGGGACAAUUACAGACACAGACCACAUAUUCUCAAACUAUGAAUAAUUUUAACAAUGACAAAACAAAUCGCCAACUUCAAAGAUAUGACACUUUUAGAAAUACCCAACGUUCUCAAUUUAAUACUGAAUUUAAGUCAUUAAAAUCAAAAAAUAGCAACACGUUACAAGUUACACGAACAUUUGGAAAUAAUGCCCAGCAACUUAGCAAUACAGCAAAAAUCAAUAACAUUGGUAAUAUCGUGGCACCUGUUCCAAAUUUAAUCAAACAACAAUACACUUAUGAAACAGCAAGACAACCAUCCACAAAAAUUAACCAGACUCAAACAAGUGAAAAAUUGAAGCAGAGCUUCGCUCUGGUAUUCUCACUGCUGACAGACUCCAUCAACAAAGCAAAGAAAUAUAACAAUAUAAUACAAGACAAUGUGCAAUCACUCACAUCACCACCGCCGCAAUUCCAAGCUGUGAAUAACGAGGAAUUAGGACGCAUAUCAGAAACCAUUUCUCAACUGACAGCUUCUCAAUUCACAAACAAUUUCAAGACUAACACUCUCAGUAAUCAAGACAUUACAUCAAUAGGUGCAAAAAGUCAGUUUGUAUCGAAUAGGAAUGAAAAUUCGAAUAUAUACCAAGAAAAUCUAUCUAUUCCAAAAUACACACAAAAGCCAGCCGCACUAACACAAAAUGACAAAGUGCGUUCCAAAGCAAAUAACAAGCAAUCGAAUGCAAACACCAAAACACCAAUAUACAGUGGACAGUUAUACAAAUACCCUGUGCCAGAAGUGACUCGUCAAAUUAUUAAUGCUCCAAAUCCAGCAAAUUCGAAUAUUUUAAUUCAAUCUGACAUAGACGAAGUCAAAUCGCAACGUAUUGUAGUACCAUGA